AUCCCUUGUUCAUUGAACACUCAGUUUUAGAAGAGGAACUCAACACACGAGAGACUCAAGGUAACUUGCUCCGGAGGGAUCCAAGAUUGAAGACAUGGCCAACUUUCAAGUUUUUCUUAUGACUAUUGUGGCGUGCACUGUGAUACUCCAGGCCAAAGGCCUUGAUCUGUACCGCAGAAGAUUUUAUGACGUGCCAAUGAGAAGGUAUGAUGCGCGCGAUCUCUAUGACGCGCCUUUGAGAACAGAUGAUGCGAUAGACCUUUAUGAGAGAGAGACUACGGCAUGUGUGGAUAAGAACCCUGGCUAUUGCGGAAUGUUUCGUAGAAUGUGCAUAAUAACCAACAAUGAUAAAUUUGUGAACGUGAAAAAUCGCGAAAGAUUCGUGUACGAUGUAUGCCCGCGAACUUGUGGAGAGUGUGGGAAGAAAUAAAAGGAAUACAUGAAGAGUGGACAGAUCGAGAUAACGCUAGCUUUUCUUCGCAAUUUGAAACAGAGAAUUAAACUUUGUAUCACUUAUUAAAUCUGCGACAAUUUUUUUGACAUAAUAAACCAAACUAUAAGAAAA